AUGGGGAACAUUCGGAAUUCUGGAGCUCCUUGCUGUGCUGCACCACCUAACAUGGAUUCCUUUUACUCAGCAGGGGAUGUGAAGAUCCACAGUAUGUGGGAUUGUCCUGGGAACUUGCUGGCGGUCAGGAAUGGUACUGGUUGUGGCUGUCCUGGUGAGCUUGGUUUGGACCGAGAGAAUUGCAGUUGCCCUGAAGGAUUCCGAUUAAUCAAUGCUCCCUGGCAAUGCAUUGAUGUGGAUGAAUGUACGUUUGGAGGGCAGUGCCAUCGAGAGCAGGGGAAUCAGUGCAUCAACACGAUGGGAAGCUACAGCUGUAUCUGCCAAGCUGGCUUCAAGCAGCAAGGAGGAGACUGUGUGGAUGUUAAUGAGUGUGAGCACGUCCCUCCAGUUUGUGAAGGACACGCUGUGUGUGAAAAUGUUCCGGGGGGUUACCGUUGCAGCUGUCAGUCUGGAUUCCGUGGCAACGGGAGCUACUGUGAAGAUGACAAUGAGUGUGCCUCAGGACAACAUGGCUGUGACACCAAUGCCCGAUGUGGGAACAUCAUUGGCUCCUAUUUCUGCCAGUGCUACCAGGGAUUCAACGGAGACGGUUUCUCCUGCUUCGACAUCGAUGAGUGCUCCGUCAAUAAUGGGCAGUGUCAGCAGGUAUGUGUCAAUGAAGCAGGCAGCUUCAAGUGCCAAUGUAACAAAGGUUACACACUGACCGAGGACAGCAAGACCUGCGCAGAUUUCGAUGAGUGUGUCGAUGAGAAUGCAGGUUGUAGUCAAAUCUGUACAAAUACCAAUGGGUCCUAUACCUGCUCCUGUUCCCAUGGAUACCAAUUGCAUGUUGAUAUGAAGCAGUGUGUUGCUGUUUCUAAUCAAGCUCACAAGCACAGUGUAGCCAUUUCAUCUAUCAGUGCAUUCAAAAUGGAACUGAAUGUCUAUCAUGAGGAAGAAGAAAAGCAAGUACUUGUUAAUCCCAUCGAUUAG